GGCCAGCUCCUCGCCGCUUCUCCACAUAAGCACGACACACACCCCUUCUUUUCUGCACCUACCACGUUUACCUCCUAUUUGCUUGUGACUGAUCUGACGAAUUCCCCCGUUACGAAUUACCGAUUAACGCUAUCCGAUUACUCUAUCGACACGAAUUACGUCCGCAAUGGCAGACAUCCGAAAAUUACUCCGGAACGAGCUCGCCACUCGCAAGGGCACCACCCAAACAGGGAAUACAACAAACCGCGUCACCAAAAAGAGAAAGGUGGAUGUUGGCGAUGACUCGAUACGCAAAAAGAUAAAACCUGCUGGAAUGACGGCACAGCAGGAGGCAUCACAAGCAAUACAACCCCCGAGCGCUCAGGAUCUCGGGGAAGACGCAGAAAAAGAAACCGCUGGUCCGGAAUUUCCAUCAGAGCCGGAAGACGAGCAAGAAGCCAAAGACACGGACCAAUCCGAUGAGAAACCCUCCGCAAACGAGCCCCAGACCGUUGACGAAGAUGAAUGGGCGGCUUUUGAACGGGAAGUUGCGGAACCGUCGCGCGCUCCACAAGCACCCGCUGCCAUUGCCGCACCAGCCACGAUAUCAGCAGCGCCAAUAACUGCAGAGCAAAUUGCUGAACAGAAUGAAAAGGUUAAAAACACUACGCAAACGCGCGAAGCUCAAGCAGAGGGUGAACGCGAGGACGCAGCACGAUUCAUGGAGGACGAGUUCGAUGAGAUGGAGCAACUGGAAGAACGUGUGAGACGAAUGAAACAAAAACGGGAGGAACUCAGAGCUAAGCGGGCUUCGGAAGAAGCGGAGUCGGUGCCGCCCCCUGCGAGGGAGUCCGAUGGAAACGCAAAUGACGAGGACGACAACGAUGAUGACGAUGACGAUGAUGAUUGGGAUGACUGGCGAUUCAAGUAAUGCUACGGCUGGCCUGCAUUGGAAAAAUCAGGUUUGAAGGAACGGUGGGAGGGCCACCGCAGAGAAAAGGGAGGUCUUGAAUUAACCAUAUAAUAUUGAUACCCCAUAAACCGAAUGAUGAAACUACAUGAAAUGGACAGAAAAAGGACUUGCUAAUGUCCACUAAUGUUAAUGUGCCGGUGUAUCUUUCGAAGACAGUCUUGGUCAUAUUCAUCUUUGGGAGGAAAUUGAAGCAUCCAGUUGCAUUGUCUAGUUAGCGUGUGUAAUUGUACCUUAAUAUUUAAUGCUUCUUAUAUGAUAAUCUCAGUUUUAAGUCUCUGGUUGG